AUGCAGGGUAAGAUAUCAAGAAAGGAGGUUGCUCAGAUUUGUGUUGCUGCGUUGGAAAGCCCCUAUGCAUCUGGCAAGACAUUUGAGGUUAAAAGUGUUGUGCCAUUUAGUGAGCCAUUUACAGUGGACCCUCAAAAUCCACCCCCGAGAAGGACUACAAUGUUUACUUUAAAACUAUGA